AAAAUUUGCAAUUUGGGUUUAUAGAAUGACAACUGGUAAAAGAACACGGCUGCGACGAAAAAAGAGCAAAAAAAGCAAAUCGCGCAAACGUACGUGUCGCAAGCGUUUGCUGUUUCAACGCUACAACUACAAUCACAUUUUGCGCGCCAAUUCGAGGGGCAGCCGAAAGACAAGCACCAAAAUGGCACAAAUACAGGAAUAUCAGGAUCUGGUGCUAGACGCACUCGAUACGGUCGAGUUCAAGCUGAUACGCGACAAGGCGGACAUCAACAAUGAUGCCAUUAUAUUUCAUCCCGCCAUGGCGCACCAAAUAUUUGGUGAGUCGGAGACCAUAUUUGGGUAUCAGGGCUUACACGUGCGCGUCCUGUACACGGCCGGUCCGCUGCACAUCUAUCUGGGCAUUGAGUACGAGAAGCGUGUCAAUGAAAUCUCUGGUGGUGAAAUUAAAGCCGAUGAUGUGGUGGCCACCAUUGCGCAAAGCCUGCCAGACGGCUGCUAUUUCAUUAACCUAGAUGAAUUUCUCAAAACGCUGGACAAGGCUGACAAGUUCCAGCCAUUUGGCGAGAAGCUCAGCGAGUACACUCGGACUGCUGAUGAUGGCAGUGAGCGGCUCUUUGAGAUAUAUCAGUGCGACUAUAAGAUGUCAUCAUUUUUAAAGUUCUUUGCGCGUCUGCAAACGUUUAUAUUGUGGUUUGUCGACGCUGCCUCCUAUAUAGACACCGACGACGCCCAGUGGUGUUACUUCAUCUGCUAUGAGAAAUACAAGAAUAAGGAUGGACAGUACCAGUAUGCAACUGCUGGCUACACAACCGUUUAUGAAUAUUACGCCUAUCCGCAAAACAAGCGGCCGCGCAUCAGCCAAAUGCUAAUUUUGCCACCAUUCCAGAAACUGGGUCUGGCCACCCAACUAGUGGAAACAAUCUACAAGUUCUACCAGAGCCAGAAAAAUGUGGUAGACAUAACCGUUGAGGAUCCAUCAGAGGACUUUCAGAGAUUGCGAAAUUUUGUGGAUGCACGUUUGUGUUUGGAGCUUAAAAGCUUUGCACGCGACGAAAUCAAAAAGGGUUUCAAUAAGGAAAUGGUACGGGAGGCACGUGAGGCAUUGAAGCUUAACCCGCGUCAGGUGCGAAAAAUUUAUGAAUUGCUGCGGCUCUACUACACCAACGUGCAUGACGAAAAGGAGUAUAAAGUGUACCGUCUAGAAGUUAAGAAGCGCCUCAACGCCGUUUACUAUAAACAGAUAAAAGAUCUACAAAAGAUGGAACGCUAUAAAAUGGACACAGAAAUGCUGCGCGCACGUUUGCCCAAUACGAAACAGCGCAUGGAACAGCUGCAGGAGGAGUAUGUGCUCAUUGAACAGGAUUACAAGAAUACUAUUGAUAAGCUACGGGCCUAGAUCUAUAACAUAUACAAAAAAAGACCGCUGGGUGUUGAUUAAUUUAUUACAUUUUCCGUUCUAAAUAUGUUGAUUACAAAAUACAAUUUGUUGCUAUAAGCCUACAGUAGGAUUCUGUCGAAUAAAUGUGUAUUAAAAAA